AAAAUGACUGCUGAAUGUUGAAAGUGAGCUUUUUAUAAUGCGUGUUUUAAUGUCCAUUGCAAUGAACAGAAAAAUUCUUAGAUUAUUCUCGAAGACUAAGCUGAAGCCCCAUGCAUCAGAGGUACUGACACGGCAUUUAAGACAGCGUGGCCUCCCGGAAUGGACCUCUUACUUCGUCCGAUACAAGGCAGUUGUAAAUGAUAACUUUGCAAUGUCGCAUUUCAACUGGAACGUCGAUGGCGAGAACUACCACAUUCUAAGAACAGGAUGCUUUCCUUUUAUUAAAUACCACUGCUCCAAAAGACCUUGGCAAGAUCUGAGAAUAGAGAAUACAGUUUUCAACGUGCUGAAAAUGAUGAAUUUUGGAAUCCCAACCUUGGCGUAUGGUCUUGCAGCUUGUUUUCUUAUCAGGCACGAAGAAAUGGUCCAAACGCGCUUUGGAGACGUGAAAAUAUAUUUUCUGAUGGAGGAAGAAAAAGGUGCUAUGUUCUGAGAAAACGAAUUGAGGAAAUUUCAGAAUCUGGUACAUUAGUUGAG